CCCCUCUUCCCUCUUCCCACACCGCCCUCAGCCGCUCCCUCUCGUACGCCCGUCUGAAGAGGAAUCGAGCGCGGAACGCAUCGAUAGCUCUGCCCUCUGCGGCCGCCCGGCCCCGAACUCAUCGGUGUGCUCGGAGCUCGAUUUUCCUAGGCGGCGGCCGCGGCGGCGGAGGCAGCAGCGGCGGCGGCAGUGGCGGCGGCGACGGUGGCGGCGGCUCGGCCAGUACUCCCGGCCCCCGCCAUUUCGGACUGGGAGCGAGCGCGGCGCAGGCACUGAAGGCGGCGGCGGGGCCAGAGGCUCAGCGGCUCCCAGGUGCGGGAGAGAGGCCUGCUGAAAAAUGACUGAAUAUAAACUUGUGGUAGUUGGAGCUGGUGGCGUAGGCAAGAGUGCCUUGACGAUACAGCUAAUUCAGAAUCAUUUUGUGGACGAAUAUGAUCCAACAAUAGAGGAUUCCUACAGGAAGCAAGUAGUAAUUGAUGGAGAAACCUGUCUCUUGGAUAUUCUCGACACAGCAGGUCAAGAGGAGUACAGUGCAAUGAGGGACCAAUACAUGAGGACUGGGGAGGGCUUUCUUUGUGUAUUUGCCAUAAAUAAUACUAAAUCAUUUGAAGAUAUUCACCAUUAUAGAGAACAAAUUAAAAGAGUUAAGGACUCUGAAGAUGUACCUAUGGUCCUAGUAGGAAAUAAAUGUGAUUUGCCUUCUAGAACAGUAGACACAAAACAGGCUCAGGACUUAGCAAGAAGUUACGGAAUUCCUUUUAUUGAAACAUCAGCAAAGACAAGACAGAGAGUGGAGGAUGCUUUUUAUACAUUGGUGAGAGAGAUCCGACAAUACAGAUUGAAAAAAAUCAGCAAAGAAGAAAAGACUCCUGGCUGUGUGAAAAUUAAAAAAUGCAUUAUAAUGUAAUCUGGGUGUUGAUGAUGCCUUCUAUACAUUAGUUCGAGAAAUUCGAAAACAUAAAGAAAAGAUGAGCAAAGAUGGUAAAAAGAAGAAAAAGAAGUCAAAGACAAAGUGUGUAAUUAUGUAAAUACAAUUUGUACUUUUUUCUUAAGGCAUACUAGUAAAAGUGGUAAUUUUUGUACAUUACACUAAAUUAUUAGCAUUUGUUUUAGCAUUACCUAAUUUUUUUCCUGCUCCAUGCAGACUGUUAGCUUUUACCUUAAAUGCUUAUUUUAAAAUGACAGUGGAAGCUUUUUUUUUCCUCUAAGUGCCAGUAUUCCCAGAGUUUUGGUUUUUGAACUAGCAAUGCCUGUGAAAAAGAAACUGAAUACCUAAGAUUUCUGUCUUGGGGUUUUUGGUGCAUGCAGUUGAUUACUUCUUAUUUUUCUUACCAAUUGUGAAUGUUGGUGUGAAACAAAUUAAUGAAGCUUCUGAAUCAUCCCUAUUCUGUGUUUUAUCUAGUCACAUAAAUGGAUUAAUUACUAAUUAUAACUUCAGUUGAGACUUUCUAAUUGGUUUUACUGAAACACUGAGGGAACACAAAUUUAUGGGCUUCCUGAUGAUUCUUCUAGGCAUCAUGUCCUAUAGUUUGUCAUCCCUGAUGAAUGUAAAGUUACACUGUUCACAAAGGUUUUGUCUCCCUUUCCACUGCUAUUAGUCAUGGUCACUCUCCCCAAAAUAUUAUAUUUUUUCUAUAAAAAAAAAAAUGGAAAAAAAUUACAAGUCAAUGGAAACUAUUAUAAGGCCGUUUCCUUUUCACAUUAGAUAAAUUACUAUAAAGACUCCUAAUAGCUUUUCCUGUUAAGGCAGACCCAGUAUGAAAUGGGGAUUAUAGCAACCAUUUUGGGGCUAUAUUUACAUGCUACUAAAUUUUUAUAAUAAGUGAAAAAAUUUUAACAUGUAUAAAAAAUUCUCAUAGGAAUUAAAUGUAGUCUCCCUGUGUCAGAUUGCUCUUUCAUAGUAUAACUUUAAAUCUUUUCUUCAACUUCAGUCUUUGAAGGUAGUUUUAAUUCUGCUUGUGACAUUAAAGAUUAUUUGGGCCAGUUAUAGCUUAGUAGGUGUUGAAGAGACCAAGGUUGCAUGGCCAGGCCCUGUGUGAACCUUUGAGCUUUCAUAGAGAGUUUCACAGCAUGGACUGUGUCCCCAUGGUCAUCCAGUGUUGUCAUGCAUUGGCUGGUCAAAAUGGGGCGGGACUAGGACAGUUUGGAUAGGUCAACAAGAUACAUUAUCACUCUGUGGUGGUCCUGCUGACAAAUCAAGAGCAUUGCUUUUGUGUUUUAAGAAAAUGAACUCUUUUUUAAAAAUUACUUUUAAAUAUUAACUCAAAAGUUGAGAUUUUGGGGUGGUGGUGUGCCAAGACAUUAAUUUUUUUUUCAAACAAUAAAGUGAAAAAGUUUCACAAUUUCUAGGUUUGGCUAGUUCUCUUAACACUGGUUAAAUUAGCAUUUCAUAAACACUUUUCAAGUCUGAUCCAUAUUUAAGAAUAAUGCUUUAAAAAUAUUAAUAAUCCUUUUGAUAAAUUUAAAAUGUUACUUAUUUUAAAAUAUAUGAAAUGAGAUGGCAUGGUGAGGUGAAAGUAUCACUGGACUAGGAAGAAGGUGACUUAGGUUCUAGAUAGUUGUCUUUUAGGACUCUGAUUUUGAGGACAUCAGUUACUAUCCAUUUCUUCAUGUUAAAAGAAGUCAUCUCAAACUCUUGGUUUUUUUACAACUAUGUGAUUUAUAUUCCGUUUACAUAAGGAUACACUUAUUUGUCAAGCUCAGCACAAUCUGUAACUUUUUAACCUAUGUUACACCAUUUUCAGUGCCAAUCUUGGGCAAAAUUGUGCAAGAGGUGAAGUUUAUAUUUGAAUAUCCAUUCUCCUUUUAGGACUCUCCUUCCAUGUUAGUGUCAUCUUGCCUGCCUACCUUCCACAUGCCCCAUGACUUGAUGCAGUUUUAAUACUUUAAUUCCCCUAACCGUAAGAUAUACUGCUGCUAUGGAUAUCUCCAUGAAGUUUCCCCAUUAAGUCACAUCAAAAUGCCCUACAUCUUACUUCCUCAGGGCUCGAGGAUCUGACAGAUACCAUAAUGGGAUUUGACCUAAUCACUAAUUUUCAGGUGGUGGCCAAUCCUUUGAAUAUCUCUUUGCUGCCCAAUCCAUUAGCGACAGUAGGAUUUUUCAAACCUGGUAUGAAUAGACAGAACCCUAUCCAGUGGAAGGAGAAUUUAAUAAAGAUAGUACUGAAAGAAUUCCUAAGGUAAUCUACAACUAGGACUACUUCUGGUAACAGUAAUACAUUCCAUUGUUUUAGUAGCCAGAAAUGCUUUUUUUUUUUUUUUUUUUUUUUUUUUUUGGUGUCAGGGUCUCACUCUGUCACCUAGGCUGGAAUUAGGCUGGAAUGCAGUGGCACCAUCUUGGCUCACUGCAACCUCCAUCUCCCAGGUUCAAGCGAUUCUCGUGCCUCAGCAUCCUGAGUAGCUGGGAUUACAGGCAUGUGCCACCACACUCGACUAAUUCUUGUAGUUUUAGGAGAGACAGGGUUUCACCCUAUUGGCCAGGCUGGUCUCGAACUCCUGACCUCAAGUGAUUCACCCGCCUUAGCCUCAUAAAGCUGUUUUGCAGAACUCAUUUAUUCAGCAAAUAUUUAUUGAGUGCCUACCAGAUGCCAGUCACUUCACAAGGCACUGGGUAUAUGGUAUCCCCAAACAAGAGACAUAAUCCCGGUCCUUAGUGCUAGCGUGGGCUGUAGCAUCUGAGUAAGGCCUUUAGCCUAUGGUCCAGAGAUAACACAAUGCGUAUUUUAGUUUUGCAAAGAGGGGUUUGGUCCCUGUGCCAGCUCUAUAAUUGUUUUGCUAUGAUUCCAGUGAAACUCUUUGAUCGAGCUACUUUAUGUAAAUCACUUCAUUGUUUAAAGGAAUAAACUUGAUUAUAUAUUUUUUUAAUUUGGCAUAACUGUGAUUCUAUUGAGACAGUUACUGUACACAUUAAGGUGUAUGUCAGAUAUUCAUAUUGAAAUUCCCAAAUGUGUAAUAUUCCAGUUUUCUCUGCAUAAAUAAUUAAAAUAUACUUAAAAAUUAAUAGUUUUAUCUGGGUACAAAUAAACAUGUGCCUGAACUAGUUCACAGACAAGGAAACUUCUAUGUAAAAAUCAGUAUGAUUUCUGAAUUGCUAUGCUAAACUCCAGAUAUUUGGAACAUUGUUUAGAUAGGGUGUUAAGACUUACACAGUACCUCUUGUUUCUACACAGAGAAAGAAAUGGCCAUCCUUCAGGAACUGCAGUGCUUAUGAGGGGAUAUUUAGGCCUCUUGAAUUUUUGAUGUAGAUGGGCAUUUUUUUAAGGUAGUGGUAAUUACCUUUAUGUGAACUUUGAAUGGUUUAACAAAAGAUUUGUUUUUGUAGAGAUUUUAAAGGGGGAGAAUUCUAGAAAUAAAUGUUAUCUAAUACCGCCUUAAAGAUAAAAAUCCUUGUUGAAGUUUUUUUUUUUUUUUUUUUUUAUAGCUAAAUUACAUAGUCUUAGGCAUUAACAUGUUUGUGGAAGAAUAUAGCACACACAUAUUGUAUCAUUUGAGUGAAUAUUCCCAGAUAGGCAUUCUAGGCUCUAUUUAACUGAGUCACACUGCAUAGGAAUUUAGAACCUAACUUUUAUAGGUUAUCAAAACUGUUGCCACCAUUGCACAAUUUUGUCCUAAUACAUACAUAGAAACUUUGUGGGGCAUGUUAAGUUACAGUUUGCACAAGUUCAUCUCAUUUUAUUCCAUUGCAUUUUUUUUUUCUUCUAUUUUUUCUUCAAACAGUAUAUAAUGUUAGGGGAUUUUUUUUAGACAGUAAAAACUGAAGAUUUCUAUUUGUCAAAAAGUAAUGAUUUCUUGAUAAUUAUGUAGUAAUGUUUUUUAGAACCCAGCAGUUAUUUAAUAACUUCUGUGUUAAUACUGGAUAGCAUGAAUUCUGCAUUGAGAAACUGAAUAGCAUACAACUGAUAGCUGUCUGUCAGAAAAUGAAAAUUUCUUUCUAAAGAUACUCACAUGAGUUCUUGAAGAAUAGUCAUAACUAGAUUAAGAUCUGUGUUUUAGUUUAAUAGUUUGAAGUGCCUGUUUGGGAUAAUGAUAGGUAAUUUAGAUGAAUUUAGGGGGAAAAAAAGUUAUCUGCAGAAAUGUUGAGGGCCCAUCUCUCCCCACCACACCCACAUAGAGCUAACUGGGUUAUAAUGUUUUAUACGAAAGUUUUCAAUUCCACUGUCUUGUGUUUUCAUGUUGAAAAUACUUUGCAUUUUUCCUUUGAGUGCCAAUUUCUUACUAGUACUAUUUCUUAAUGUAACAUGUUUACCUGGAAUGUAUUUUAACUAUUUUUGUAUAGUGUAAACUGAAACAUGCACAUUUUGUACAUUGUGCUUUCUUUUGUGGGACAUAUGCAGUGUGAUCCAGUUGUUUUCCAUCAUUUGGUUGCGCUGACCUAGGAAUGUUGGUCAUAUCAAACAUUAAAAAUGACCACUCUUUUAAUUGAAAUUAACUUUUAAAUGUUUAUAGGAGUAUGUGCUGUGAAGUGAUCUAAAAUUUGUAAUAUUUUUGUCAUGAACUGUACUACUCCUAAUUAUUGUAAUGUAAUAAAAAUAGUUACAGUGAC